GUUUAGUAACAGCGUGUCCGGAAACGUGACCGACGGUGGGUCUGUCUCUCAGCCAGUGAGAAGCGGCCGGUGCUCCACAUUGUUGGGGGAAGGACGGCGAAGAGGUGCGGGCUCCGUCCAGUCAGAGACGGUAGCGGUUCGGAGGACGAGGUGCUGCCGAAGCCAUGGCUCGUGUGAUCAUCUGUUUGCUGAGGAACGACCUCAGAGUCCACGACAACGAGCUCUUCCACUGGGCCCAGAGAAAUGCUGAGUACAUUGUCCCACUAUACUGCUUCGACCCCCGACAUUACCAGGGAACUUACCACUACAACUUUCCCAAAACUGGACCUUUCCGUCUGCGCUUCUUGUUGGACAGUAUCAGGGAUCUCAGGAGCAGCUUACUUCGCAAGGGCAGUAACCUGGUGGUGAGGAGGGGUAAACCUGAGGACGUAGUGGCUGAUCUCAUCAAGCAGCUGGGUUCGGUCAGCACUGUUGCCUUCCAUGAAGAGGUGACCUCAGAGGAGCUGAACGUGGAGAGGCGAGUGAAGGAGGUUUGCACGCAGUUGAAGGUCAAAGUUCACUCCUGCUGGGGGUCAACUCUUUACCACAGGGACGAGCUUCCCUUUAACCACAUAUCCAGGCUGCCAGAUGUCUACACGCAGUUCAGAAAAGCUGUGGAGGAGAAGAGUAGAGUGAGACCCCUGAUCCCGACUCCGGAGCAGCUGAGGCCGCUCCCUCAGGGGCUGCAGGAAGGAGACAUUCCCACACCAGAGGACCUGCAGGUGACAGACCCUGUAACAGACCCUCGCUCUGCCUUCCCCUGCUCCGGAGGGGAAAGUCAGGCCCUUGGCCGGCUGAAACACUAUUUCUGGGAGACUGACGCCGUCGCGACAUACAAGGAGACACGCAACGGACUGAUCGGUGCAGACUAUUCCACCAAGUUUUCCCCUUGGUUAGCGCUGGGAUGCAUUUCACCUCGCUAUAUUUACCUCCAGAUCCGACAGUAUGAGCAAGAACGAACUGCCAAUCAGAGCACAUACUGGGUCAUUUUUGAGCUUCUGUGGCGAGACUACUUUAAGUUUGUGGCCGUCAAAUACGGAAACAGACUUUUUCAGCUGAAAGGUCUUCAAGACAAACCCCUGCAUUGGAAAACAGACAUGAAGCUGUUUAAUGCUUGGAAAGAGGGACGCACUGGUGUCCCUUUUGUGGACGCCAACAUGAGAGAGCUGGCGAUGACCGGCUUCAUGUCCAACAGAGGGCGCCAGAAUGUCGCAAGCUUCCUCACCAAAGACCUGGGCCUGGACUGGAGGAUGGGGGCCGAGUGGUUCGAGUAUCUUCUGGUCGACCACGACGUCUGCAGUAACUAUGGCAACUGGCUGUACAGCGCUGGGAUCGGAAACGACCCACGAGAGAACAGGAAGUUUAACAUGAUCAAGCAAGGGCUGGAUUAUGACAACAAUGGUGACUAUGUGCGUCUUUGGGUUCCUGAGCUGCAGAAAAUCAGGGGCCGUGAUGCGCACACACCUUGGACCCUCAGCUUAGCGUCCCUGUCUCAUGCUGAGGUCACUCUAGGUCACACCUACCCCUCUCCCAUUGUUAUGGCGCCCGAGUGGAGCCGGCACGUCAACAAGACCAUGGGGGGAGCCGGGCCAGCAGGGAGAGGAAAGAAGGGGCCUUCACACACUCCCAAGCAGCACAGAGACAGAGGGAUCGACUUCUACUUCUCCAGAAGCAAAAACUUGUGACAACUCUUUUCACAUACAGGGUUUUUAUGCAAAAGAAAGCGCAUGGCUUCUUGAACCUGAAGGUCUUAGGCUACCCACUUCCUUUUAUUAAAAAAAAAAAGUAUCUGCUUCCUCUUCUUCUGUUAGAUAACCACCACACUGUUGGCUGUGUGUCGUUUUGUUAAAAGUGAUUUGACUUCUCAUCUGUGUUGUUCUUCUAUGUUCUGUUACAGAGUAAACAUAAAGGUGCUGUCAUU